AUGUACGCGAUCUCCGCGCUAAAACUUGCAGGAAGCGGUCAUUGGGAAGUGGAAUCGAGCUCAAGCGCAUCCGAGAUCGAACGUAAACCCGGCGGCUCCGAAAAUCCCACAGGUUUGUCGCGGUCUAUCUGA